UCAGGUGCGUGUGAUUGAGGGGAGCGGCGUUAAGAUGGCGUUUGGGAAAACUGGCCGUUAUCUCAUGAAUAUUACUAAUCAAACGGACACUUAUUUUACACUGCUGAUUCUCUUCGGCAUCGCAUGCGAUCGGCACUACAACACUUCUCCUUCAUUCUUCAGGCAUCUUCUUACUCUCAAAAAUCCUGUUGAACAAUCUAGAUAGAACCUCCACUGCUCUCUCAUAGAUACUUCCACACCUCCACAGGUGUGUCUGGAUUUCAGGUGCUGGUGCCCCCCAAGAUAAAUGGUGAGCUGGGGAUGAGUGCGGUUCUGAGCUGCAGGAUUCAACUGGACGUCGGCCAGAGUCUGACGCAGUCCUCAUGGGAGAGGCGCCUGCCGUCUGGCUGGGUCACCGUGGCCGUCUACAACCCCAAUUUAGGCAUCUCAAUCCAGCCUGAGUAUGAACACCGUAUGGUCUACCGCAAGCCUUCCAUCCAUGAUUCCACCAUCAUACUGAAUGAUUUAAGAUUCUCAGAUGUUGGCGACUAUAAGUGCAAGGCGACAACUUUUUCUUUGGUCAUCGAAAGAGCCUUCACCACUCUCAGCAUUCUCUCUCCUGUUUCCAUCACCAUUAAGCCUCCUACCACCCCUGUGCUCCAUCUUAAUCCCAAGAUCUCUACCACUGCAGUGACUGGCAAUAAGCAGCGACUCCUGUUCACCUUCCCGGCCCAAAAGCCACUGAACGAAUACACCCUGUGCAUCAUUGUGGGUGCGCUGGUAAGUGGAGCUCUUUUCCUGUUGUUGCUGGUUCUCUGUGUGGUUUGCUACAAGCGGUGGCGAUGCAAUUUCCGUGGAGAAUACAACACCAAGCAGAACCUGGCACCUUCAGACAUGCAGGGAGCACAGUCACCUCCACCACACAAGCUUCACAUCAACACCAAUGCUGCAGACAGGGCCAGUCCUGACACCAAGCUUGAACCCUGCCAGGACAUCAAUGGUGCCAUCCUCUCCGAAAAUGAUCGAGAGGAGCUGGGUGGUUUUGAGCUGGACAGAUCCUCGAAGGAAGGCAGUAGAGCUUUGCGACAGGACAACACACACCAAAACCUCCACAACCACAAACUGCACCAGAGCUACCAACCUAACCACCACCCAACCACCCAGCUGAACCACCAACCAGACCACCAGAGCUUCCUCUGCACCUUAAACAAACACAGGAGCUCGAUGGAGCCUGAGUUCUGCACAUGCACUCAUGUUAUAGAAAACGGCUCUCCCUUACUGCCGGAAGACUGCAAUUACACUGACUUUGUGUUGCACACAGAUGGCUCCAUUAUAUCCCGUUGGGAAUUGCAUGUCUAACUAGGGUGGUACUGCAGAAACUGACUGCUUAAUAUGAACUAUUAUAUUUUAUAUCAUUUACCAUAAAAUAAUGUCAAAAAACCUUUUUUUCCUAGAUUUCUGACAUAAACACACUGUGUUCACAAAUCAGAUUAUGGAGUAUUAAUCAUAUUUUUAUCAACAUAUAUGAACUAUUAUAUUUUAUAUUUCAAAUCAAAUAAUGUAAAAAAGCUUUUGUCCUAGA